GCAAUACCCAGAAAUAAUAGAAAGAGAAAUGAGCUGCGUAUAAUCACAGGCUACAUCAUGAUGACAGCAGACCACAGGCGCACAGACAGGGCUGAAGACCGACAGGCUGCGGGCUCGCUGAAGUCCCUCCCCGGAAAAAGCGUGGAGGAGGUUUCGGAACAAGGCACCAGUGGCUGCGAGCAGCUGGUGAUACAUGGAGGAUAUCUGCUGUGGAUGAGAUUUGUGUCUGUCUCCAAUGAUCCCAAAGCCCGCUCAGGAGAAUGGAGGGACAGCAGGAUGAAGCUCAGCGGACUGAUCUCUCGAGGAGGAGGCGACGGGACGGACGCACUCUGCUCCUCUGCGCCCAAACUUUGUCGGCUCCGACGGCGGCACGAUUCCAGCUCCAGGUCGCGAACUUUCUCUUCUUUAUCUUUGGGAAACACAAGACGAUCGGUUCAGCCCGUGGGGACGUAGCUUUUGCUCGGAGUUAAUCCUCUUUUCCCGGGAGGGCUUUUAAAUAUCUGCGGACGCAGCGAUGAGCGCUGCGGAAAACUCAGACACCGACUCCAACAAGCUGGAGUCUGUGAUACAGAGGUUGGAGGAGAGUGUUUUGUCUGAGGAGGAGAAGAGGCUGACGGUCCGGGGCCCCUCACCAGACGCCCCCCCUACAUGUCUGCCAGCACGAGUGCGAGAGAUUGUCACAAAGAACCUGACCGAGAACUCCGGAGCCAUGUCCUCGGUCAUGUCCCUCCAGGAGGAGAACCGGGUCUUGCAGGGAGAACUGGCGAGGCUGGAGGACCUGCUGGCACACAGCCGAGCGGACCGGGACGAGCUCGCCAUCAAGUAUGGUGCCAUUAGUGAGAGGCUGGAGCAGGCGCUGCGUUUAGAGACCGGAGACGGGGACAACGAGUCACCGGAGUCACGCAGCCUGGCGCAGCAGAACGUGGAUUUACGCCGGCGGCUGGAUGAGGAGCAGGCGGCCUACAAGCGUAAACUCACCGCCUACCAGGAGGGUCAGCAGAGGCAAGCGCAGCUCGUGCAGAAGCUUCAGGCCAAGGUGCUUCAGUACAAAAAGAGGUGCGGGGAUGUCGAGCAGAUGCUGCAGGAGAGGUCGUCAGAGCUGGAGAAACACCGGCUGAGUGGCGACAGUGAGACAUCAAAUGGUCGCCAUCAAGACGAAACAAGCAGCAACCUGGAGGACGCUUUAAUCCGUCUGGAGGAAGAACAACAGAGGAGCAGCAGUUUAUCCGCGGUGAACGCCAUGCUGAGAGAGCAGCUGGAGCAGGCCGGUUUGGCCAAUGAGGCUCUCAGCCAGGACAUCCGCAGGCUCACCGCUGAUUGGACUAAAGCCCGGGAGGAACUGGAACAAAAGGAGUCGGACUGGAGGAGAGAAGAAGAGUCUUUCCACAGUUACUUUAGUAGCGAACACGGUCGGCUGCUGACGCUGUGGCGGCAGGUGGUCGGAUUUCGGCGGCAUGUGUGCGAAAUGAAGAGCGCCACAGAAAGGGACUUGUCAGACAUGCGUAACGAGCUGGCCCGGAUGUCCCACUCUGCUCAGGUGUCCUGUUCAGGUCUGUCCGCCGCGCUGCACAGCCGGGAGGGAGGAGCAGCUCUCGCCCUUGAUCGGGAGAAAGCCCUGAGGGUUCAGCUGGAGCAGCAGCUGAGAGAGCGAGUGGCAGACAUGAUGAACUUUCAGACCAGAACCGACGCGGAGAGGAGUGAGCUCAACGUCAGGUUGUCUGACUCAGUGCGAGAGGGCGAGAGAUUAAAGGGCCAAAUUGAAGAGAAGGACCGAGAGAUGGUCGCACUGAUGAGGAGACUUGAGGAGCAGAGUGGUAAUGAUGAGACUGACAUGCAGCUGAUGAGGACUCACACGGAGACCCUGUUGGACACCCUGCGGGACAUUGCUCAGACGGUGUUGUCAGAUGGAGAGUCGUCAUCAGAGGCAGACCAGGACAACACAGGGGCUCCGCUGCUGGCGUUGAUCCGUGGCUCCUCCCCUCGCCACUCCUCCUCCUCCUCCUCCUCUCCUCGCAGGUCGUCCUCCCCCUCUCGACCCCCCACGCUGGCUCCUCUUCCUGACUCGGCGCUGUCUGCUCUGCGCUCUGCAGUCACAAACAAAACGCUCCAGCUGCAGGAUGUUCGAGGACGUCUGAUCUCUGCCCAGUCCUCGACGCAACAGUUGCGCAAGCAGCUUUCAGAGACCGAUUUGGCUAAAAGGGAUGCGGAACAGCGAAACCAGGCUCUGCAGAGAGAGAGGGAUGCUGCUCAGAGAGAGAGGGAGACCGCACAGAGAGAGAGGGAGCGUCUGAAGCAGGAGAGAGACACGCUGGCCAGUGAGAAGGCGAGCCUGGAGAAGACUGUGCAGGCAGCUCAGAGCAGCAACCAGAUGCUGAAAAUGGACUGCGAGAAGCUCCAGCUGACAGUGACGUCCGUGCAGCGAGAGCGAGACCACGAGAGGGAGGAGAAGGAGGCUGCCGUCCAGGAGAGAGACCGGGCGAAGGCAGAGACUCAGAGGAUACAGAAGCAGCGGGAUCAGAGUGAGAGUCGAGCCUCAGCUCAGCGUGGAGAGCUGUCUGUAGUGAAGGAGACUCACCAGCAGGUGGAGGUUGAGAGGCAGCUGCUGGAGAGAGAGAAGGCACAACUCUCUGAAUCACUCGCUCGGGCUGAGAGCAGUAACGCAGAGCUCUCCCUGCUGCUCAACAAGCUGCAGUCAGAGGACGCGGCUCUCAGGGACUCUCUGGCCAAGAUGGCGAGCAUGAAUGAGGGCCUGGCCCAGGACAAAGUUGACCUGAACACCUACAUUUUCCAGCUGGAGGAGGAGAAGGCCACCCUGCAGGCUCAGAAACGGGAGGCGGAGCAGGAGAAGUUGACCAUCCGAGACGAGCUGGUCCGGUUGGAGCAGGACCGUCUGGAGCUGGACUCUGCUCGCAUCACGCUGCACCAGUCACUGCAGGAUGUGGAGCUGAGCCAGGUGGGGAUGGAGGCAGAGCUCCAGAGUCUCAGGGCGGAGAGAGUUAAGCUGCAGGAGAGACUCUCCCAGCUUUGUGGCGAGGUGACGUCUCUGGGAUCAGAGUUGAGUCUUGCCAGAGGAGAGGGUCAGAGGAACGAGGUGGCCUUAGAGGAGGCCGGCCGCAGUCGGGCAGAACUGGCCCGAGACAAAGCAGCGCUGGUGGUCCAGCUGACAGCAUCUGAAAGAGAAAACACGGUGCUAUCAGAGGAACUCGCUGCCUCUAGGUCGGAGCGGGAGUCCCUGGAAACGAGUCUGUUCGAGGUGCAGCAGCAGCUUGUUCAGGGGGAGUCUCGCAGAGAGCAGCUGGAGACGGAGAACCAAAACCUGCGAGUCCGCUGUGAGACCGCAGCAGCUGAACUGAGGCGUCUGCGCUCAGAAGGGGAGAAUGUGUUGGCCCAGGCUGAGAGGGAGAAACAAGCUCUGACUCAGACUCUAAAUGCUGCACAGCUGGAGGCCCAGCAGUCUUUACGCAAGGCCAUCUCCGAACAUCAGGAGGAGGUGGAGAGACUGGUCUCAGAGAAGGAGGUGGUGCGUCACAGCCUGCUGAUGGAGCAUGAGGGCGCUCUGAGGAAGCUGAGACAGGAGGCGGAGGAUCAGCUCCUCAGAGCAGAGAGGGAGAGAGACGAGCUGCAGGAUGAACUGAGGAGUCUGCAGCAUGACAGAGAUCAGAGUCUGCUGCAGGCUGAGACGGAGAAACAACAGGCUCUAUCUCUGAAGGAGGCAGAGAAAACAGUUUUGUCUGACAGGGUGUCCUCCCUGCAGGCUGAGCUGUCAACUGCAGCCCUGGAGGCCGAGCGGAUGUCGAGAGAAGCAGCCCACUACAAAGAGCAGGAGCAGAUCAGAGUUGAGGCUCUGAGCAGCGAGCUGCUGGAGCUUCGCUCUCAUCUGGAGGACGCAGCUUCUGUCCAUGAGAGGGAACUCCACAGUCUGCAAGAGACGUGUGCUGAUCUUCAGUCACGUGCUGAUGUUACUCUCAAAGAGCUGGACCAGUGCAGAGCCUCUCUCGCAGCUAAUGAAGAGAGCCGAGACCAGCUGCGGCGGGACAUGUUGGACGUCGAGCGACGUCUCAACCAAACUCAGGAAGAGGCAGAAAACUACAGAAGAGAGGUGACGGAGCUGCGACGCAGCCUCGGCGACGUCAGCAAGGAGAGAGACACAUUCAGCCAGUCGAACAGUCAGCUGAGAGAAACUCUGCGAGGUGCAGAAACAGAGAGAAUCAGUGUGAAACGACAGUGCGAGGAGAAGGAGCAGAGGCUGGCGGUGCUGGAGGAGAACUUCUCUUCUGCUCAGAAGGAGGUGGCGGAGCUGCGGAGCUGCCUGAGAGAAGUUGAAAGGUCACGACUGGAGGCUCGACGAGAACUGCAGGAGCAACGCCGACAGCUGAAGGUCCUGGAUGGAGAGAAGGAGCAGAAAGGGAGGGAGGUGGCAGAGCUGCAGACUCGCCUGUCGCUGGAGGAGCAAAGAGAGGAGGAGAAAGGGAGGGAGGUUUUCAGCCUCAAGCAGAGGUUAACUGAAGCCGAAACAGCUCGAGACUCCCUGAAGAAAGAGCUCUCUAUGACUCAGAAGCGCCUGGUGGAGCUGGAGUCAGGCUGGCGGAGCUGCGAGAGAGAACUGACCGCUCAGCUGCAGGAGGCGCGCGGCUGUGAGAAGAAGCUGCAGGAUGAAGCCAAGAACCUCGCCCUGCGCGCUCAGGCAGCUCAUGACUCUGCCGCUCAGUCCAGCCUGCAGCUGAGCGAGGCCCAGGGCCGCCUGGCCGCCACAGAGGCUGAGCUGGUCCGCGCUGAGGCCGGGAGGAGGGACCUGGAGUUCCGCCUGAGCAGCGUUCAGUCGGCGCUGACGCGGACACUGGGCAUCGGAGCGAGUGGCAGAGGAGGCCGGGGGAGGAGCCCAGGGGGGAGCUCCACAUCACCGGGCACCAUGUCACGCCACCACAGCAUCUCACCACUGCGCUCCUCACUGUCGCCCCCUAAAGAAUUUCAUGUAAGCACCCCAGACAAUACUCUGGGCUCUGGAGCCGUGUCUCCUGAGAGAGGAAGUACACCGCUGCCUCUCCCUCAGCCAGAGCUGGACCCCGACACACUGAGAAGUGAUCUGAGAGACUUCCUCCAGGAGCUGCGUGACGCACAGAGAGAGCGGGAUGAUGCCAGAUGCCGGCUGGGGGUCCUGCAGAGGGAGCUGGAGGAGCUGACGGGGGAACGAGACUCGGCUCAGAGUCGUCUCGCUCAGAUGCAAAUCACCUUACAGGAAUACCAAGAAGGGAAGCGAGGACUGGAUGAGCGUCUGACCACCACUCAGAUAUUCCUCCAGCAGCAGGAGGAGGCGGUGAGGAGAGGAGACAGGGAGAGGAGGGCGCUCACUGACCGCGUGAAGGAUUUAGAGCGAGCGCUGCAGGCCUCUGACAUGGAUAAAAAACACACACAGGAACUGUUGAACAAGCAGCGAGCUGCUGAGAUGCGUCUGGAGGCAGAGAGGAGGCGUCUGCGGGAGGCGCUGGAGGCAGCUGAAGCCCGGGCCACCAGGGUGGAGCUGGGGAGGCGCAGCCUGGAGGGGGAGCUGCAGAGACUCAAACUGAGUCUGGGAGACCGAGAGGCUGAGAGCCAGACCUCCCAGGAUCGUCAUGACGCUCUGCUGAAACAGGUGGCAGAAGGAGAGGCCAGAGCGUCUCUGCUCCAGAGGGAGGUGGAGAGGCUGAGCCAGGCUCUGCUCAAAGCACAAGAAGGUGAAUCUUUGCUCAAAGAGAAGACGUCCUCUCUCAAAAAGAGCCUCCAAGAGGCGGCAGCUUCUCAAAGCAGCACAGAAAGUCGCCUGGCCGCUCUGCAGAAGACGCUGAGUGUGGCCGAACAGGACAGAAGGCUUCUGCAGGAAAGAUUGGAUGAAGCCCGGGCCUCUUUGGUGGAGGGGAAGAAGAAUAUGGCCGCCCUCACUGAGCGUGUGCAAAGCUUGCAGAGUGAGUUGAACCAGAGCGAGCUGAGACGAGAGGAUCUGGAGGCUGAGCUCGACAAAACUCAAGAGGCUCUGCGUCAGCGCUCGGCCAGUCUUGCUGAGGUCCAGCGCGGCGCCCAGUUAGCUCAGACAGAGCGGGCCGCUGUCGAGGAGCGACUGCGUGGGCUGCAGCGAGCGGUCGCCAUGCUGGAGACGGAGAAGAAAGAUGCUGAGAGACAGGCUGUGAGGCUGGAGAAGGACAAGAAUGCACUGAGGAACACACUGGAUAAGGUUGAACGUCAGAAGCUGAAGACCGAAGAAGGCAGCAUGCGUCUGUCUGCAGAGAAGGGCCGCUUGGAUCGCUCUCUGAACACCGCUGAACAGGAGCUGCAGGAAGCACAGCAACAGAUACUGAUGCUGCAGACUCAGCUGGCUGAGAUGGAGCAGUCUCACAGUCUGUGUGAGAGUCUGGUGAAGCAGCGUGAUGAGGCCCAGCGGGAGUCGGAGAGACUGAGGACCAGCUUCAGGGACGUCGAGCGAACGCUGGGCACCAGGGAGCGAGCUCACCGACACAGGGUCAAAGGCCUGGAGGAGCAGGUGUCCACUCUGAAGGAGCAGCUGCAACAAGAGAUGAAACGGCGUCAGCCUUCUCUACCAUCCUCGUUACUGUCUGCAGGGAACUGAGAGGCAGCUUGAAAAUCCGAAGCACCAGCACACGACACAUUUUUAAUCCAGGGAAAAUCCACUUGUCAUGAAAUGUGUGAAAGCAAUAUUGACUCACAGGAACAUUACCUAAAAAGUGUUCAAAGUCUAACUCCACUGUUUAAAAUAGUUUUUAUUUGUGUCUCUGUAAUGAGCGUUGCUGUCAUCUCGAUGGUGUUUUAUCGACGUUUCGUGCAGUGAAGAGCACUUCGACUCGCAGCAUGUUGACAGGCGGCGGGGGGAGCGGAGCGAUGUGAUUCGGCAGCUGCGCCGACGAGGCCAAAAGCCUGCUGAUUACUGGCAGCCAGCUGCACUUGAUCCUUGCUCAACAUCCUCCCAAGUUUCCUGCGCUUAUUCAAGAAGAAACCAAGGAUUCCCCUCCAGACAGAAUCUGGCUGCAGUGCCAGCUUGGUCCCCACUUCUCCACAUUUAUAUUACCAGUCCCAGACACUAAGAGGAGGGCAAAAUAAAGGUGCCGCACUGCAUUUUCCCUCAGAUUUUGUGACAUAUAGACAAAGUUUUGUACUGCAGGAUGAUGUACACUUACAGUAUGUCUUUUAUUAGUUAAUAAUCGUUUUAUGAGUUGUACAUAGUUUUCACUUACUGUAUAAACGCUGACAGGCUGAUGAUUAAUAGCAGUUGUAUGGACAGUACACAUGGAAGCCACAUGUGUUCAGAAGAAUAAACUCACUGUGUGCACCAUAA